AUGGAAACACCAGUAUCAACAGCAGCAGCAACAGCAGCGGUUGAAGUCAAAUCAGAGUUUCUUCCGUUGACUCGUAUCCAAAUCAUUCUUAUUGCGAUAUUCUCUUCUGUUGUAUUGUUCUUGCUGUUUUGCACCAUUGUAUACCAGAUCUAUAAACGCAUCAGAGCAAAACGACAGCAAAAGGCGGCAGAGAAUGGAAGGCACGAUGAGAUGGCUGUUGGCGAUCAGCAUCGUUCAACAAGACCAAUCAUUGACAACACUUGUACCGAAGUUAAUUCCACUGCAUUUCUGAAUCCAUCUGCUUCAACGACAUUCACAAUUUCCUCCUCACAAAGUACAAGCCGGUUUCAAGAGUACUUUCCUACUUGA